CAUUUCCAGUUAAAGACUGCCCUUCUCCUCCGAGGAAAUGGACGGUAGCGAUACUUCACCCAUCUCACAUUUUUUAAAAAGUUUUUAAAUAUAGGCUAUAUUUUAGCUCUAUUGGGGAUGAUAGAACGCUUCUGGGAGAGUACGAAAAGACAAUGUUGGAUCGCCAUGAGUAGAGUGUGUUUGGUGAAGUGAGAAGUACUGCUUUAGCGCCCCCUAUAGCGGCCAUGAGGAAAUGUCAGCUGUUCGCUUAUGUAUUGCUGGCUCUAAUCAGCCAGUCAUAUACAAUAUCAAAUUUUGCCAUUAGUGGAGGUCAGACUGUGAAAAGAACUUGUCCUGAUAAUGAAUACUGGAAUAAUAAGGGAUUCUGCUGUGAUAAAUGUCAUCCAGGGUUUAAAUUGAAAGAGAAAUGCCCUGAACCAAAUAAGAGGUCCGAAUGUGUAAAAUGUGAGAAUGGAACCUACCUAGAUAACUCAAACUACAAUGAAAACUGCUUCAGUUGCAGGAAGUGCAACAAAGACCAUUCCAUAGAGAUAUCACCAUGUACAUUCAAAAGCAAUAGGGUGUGUGGGUGUGAGCCUGAAUACUACUAUAAGAAAUUAGGCGACUUGGGAUGGGAAUGUUCUAGCUGUAAUAAGUGUGGAUCUGGGCAGCUGAUAGCUGCGAAAUGUGCUGGGGAACAGAAUACAAAGUGUCAAUGCAAAGAAAACCAUUAUGCUGUCAAGGGCAAAAACCUCUGUGAGCUGUGUGUUAAAUGUCAGGAUGAGUGUCCACACUUGUGCAAAUCCACCACACCUCCUAACCCUUUAAGGUCUGCCAACCCAACUAGUCCUUCAGGCUCAAUACCUCAAAUACUGGUCCCUGUGGGUGCAUGCAUCAUGGUUCUAGCACUGGGAGUGUUCAUGUUAUACGAGGGCAUCAGACUUUGGAAGAAAAAGAGGCAUGCUUUGUCAUCGCAGAAAUCAUCACCUGCUUCCGAAGAUCAGACAUUGAUUAUCACAGUGGCACCAGACACAGAACACAAUGAGAGCGUUCCUUUCACAAAACAGCCGUGCGAAACAGAACAAAAUGGAAAACUCCCAGACUGCGUCCCAAGAGAGAUCAAAUUUCACAAGUUCUUCUAUUUUGUGCUGGACGAGGUGCCUUUUGGAAGAUUUAAAGAGCUUGUACGUCGACUUGGUGUUUCUGAGCAGAGCAUUGACAGGGCGGAACAAGACCACAGGAACAGCAAAGAUGCCCACUACCAGAUGCUGAAGGUUUGGAGUGACAGCGGCAGUGGAGGAGGGAACAAUGUUUUGCCAUGUCACCGCAUCCAGAUGUUCGUAGACACUCUGAAGGACAUGUAUUUGGUCAACUGUGCAGACAACAUCGAGAGCAGGUUCCUUUCAUGGGACCCAAGCACUUCACACUGAGGCCAUUAGAAGAGAAAGAAGAAAAGGGCAUUAAAUAGAGAACUUAACCUCCACCGAUUUCCAUUGGAUUCCUUUGAGAGUGGAAGUGCGUCUACAGCUGUUUUUUGGCCAUGUCAUAUUUCCAGUUGUCUGAAGAUUUCACACUAAUUUUUUUAUGAAUAUGCUUAUGUUCUAUGUUUGUAUGCAAGCUUUUUUUUUAGUGCUGUCAACGUAAAUGUAUCUGAAUGAGGGUGGUGGGGUGGUUGGGGUUUGGGUUGUAAUAUUUCAGAUAUGUAUUGGAGAUAACAUAACCAUGCAUAUUCUCUCCAAGUUUACAUUUACAUUUACAUUUAGACGUUUAGCAGACGCUUUUAUCCGUCUGUAAGUUCUUCUUAUCAUAGCACAGAUCUCACAAUAACAUGUCCAGAUCACACACCUACACACACACACACCCACACACACACACACAUAUAUACACUGUUAAACAUUUUAAGAAAGGUUUUUGUUCUGUUAGUUUUUUAAGGUUUUUUUUUUUUUUGGGAAAGAAUUUUGAAAGAAGAUUAUGUUCACUAAGACUGCAUUUAUUUGAUCAAAAAUAGUCCAAACUAUUUUUUCCUGUGGUUUUUAGCAGCCUUUACUCCAGUCUUCAGUGUUAAACUUAAAAAACCAUGAGAUUCUUAUUCCUUUCAUUUCAAUUUCUUACAUUUUCUUUUUUGGCGGUGACCUGGGCAUGUUCUUGACAGGUUUUGUGAGAGGCCUUAUUGACCCAUUAAUGCCUCCAACUGUAUAUAUGAAUUUAAUGCUGAUAGCAGUGGUAUUUGCAUGUACAAAACAAAAACAGUUUAUAAUUGCAUUUGUAUUUGAGGGGUAUUUUAUACAAUUUGAGAGGUGAUUUAUAUUAUUGCAUUAUUCCACGGGCUAAUAUGGGGCUUCAGCUGGAAACUAGCAUUAAAAUUCAAUGCAAAUGCAAAUUAUAAAGCUAAUUCGACC